AUGUCGGUUACCCCAGACUAUUUUCACUGCCUCACGGAUACGCGUUUCCGCAGUUGUGUAUAUGAGCCGGAGGCCGAUACAUUUCUGCUGUUGGAGGCCCUUGACAAAGAUGCGGUGUUGCUGCGCCGGAUGAGCCCACGCCGCUGUGUGGAAGUUGGAUGUGGUUCAGGGACUGUUAUUUCGCAUUUAAUGCUCGUCCUCUCUGGGAUUGCGGGAUGUGCGGAGAAGCUGCCGGAGGAGGAGAAAGUUGCUGGCGUGAAGUAUCAUGGAGUGGAUGUUAAUCCCGUGGCGCUUGAGGCGACGGAGAUGACAUGGAGUAAAACAAUAAACCAACACUUCAAAGGGGAUGAAAUGCCGCAUCUGCAACUUCAUCAGGGUGACUUGUUUACUCCAUUUGAAGAAGAAAGUUGUAGUGGUGAAGAGGGGAGUAAUGCUACCUUUGAUGUUAUUCUCUUUAAUCCACCUUAUGUUCCAACAAGUAUGGAAGAGUUCUUGGGCGCAGGGACCCAAGGUGAUUUUAUCACCGCCGCGUGGUGUGGAGGUCCUCGUGGGCGUAUAGUGGUAGACCGCUUUAUCUCAUCUUUACCAAAGUUUCUUUCGUCAAAUGGUGUCUGUUAUAUUAUAGCCAUAAAAGAGAAUGAUGUACCUGAUAUGAUGAAAGCGAUUUGCUCUGCUUUUGAGAAUAAUACACAGUAUAAUGAUGCCAUUUCUGUUGAUGUGGUUGCUGAACGCUACACUGGGGAGUACUUAAAAGUGCUUCGGGUAAUACGACGGAGGCAGUACCAGGUAGCUCACAUUGGAUGA